CGCCCUCAGAAACCCGAAGCUCCCGGAAAGAGACUUUCUGUUCCUGCGUUUCUGCUUCUAUCUCCGUCGGUGUCACACACAUUCCUCUCAGGAGACAUUUGUGAGCAUCUCGACCUUUUUCAAAGGCCUUUUCUUUCUUUUUUUUUUUAUCACUCGCAAGUGGAUUUUUUAUUUUUUAUUUUUUGACAAAGACGCACCUCCGGCCUGCAGCUUCGCCUCGGAAGGAUCCUGUGGUGCGUUCAGGGAAAUUAACCAGGAGAGGAAAAGUGGGUCAGGCGGUUUUAUUUUAUCUUUAAUCCGGAUUCCUGAUGGAUUACAUGAACAGUGGACUCAGAUACACCCCAAAUCAGGAUAAAGACUGGGACACAUCAGUCCAGUUCCUGCCGGCGUCAGACAACAAGAAGCUCGAGAAGAAAAAAGGUCCAGGAAAAGUCGGGGCUGUGAUCGGUGUGGUGGUCUUUGCUGCUGUUGUUGCACUAAUGACCGGACUGCUGGUCUGGCAUUUCCACUUUCGUAAAGAUAUCCGGGUGAAGAAGAUGUACAGCGGCUCCAUGCGGAUCACCAACCAGGCGUUCGAAGAUGCCUACGAGAACUCCAACAGCUCCGAGUUCAAGGCUCUGGCCAAGCAGGUGACUGCUCAGCUUAAAGGCAUCUACUCCAAAAGUCCACAGCUGGCCAAAUACUACGUCGGUUCUACUAUUCAGGCUUUCAGUGAAGGCAGCGUCAUCGCCUACUACCUGUCUGAGUUCAGCGUUCCUGCCGGACAGGAAGCAGCCGUCGACAACAUCAUGUCUACGAUGGACAAACUGGUGGACAAACAGCAGCGAUCCCCGACCAGAACCGGAAACGCUCUGCUGUUUGCAGACGUCGUGUCUUCAGCACUCGAUGAUCGCUUGUUUUCAACAGCGUUCCAGAAGCACCUCAGGUUUGCAGAGCACACAAGGUCCAACCACAUCGGUCAGAUCCAGUCGCCCGGAUUCCCCAACAGUCCGUAUACCCCGAACACCUUCAUGCAGUGGCAGCUGAGGGCCGACCCCGGCUACGUCAUCAAGCUCGACUUCGACUCCGUGAAUCUGGAGGAGGACUGCAAGAACGACUUUGUGAAAAUCUACGACUCUCUGGUGGCCAUCGAGAGCCGAGUCAUGGAAGAGUUGUGUGGAUAUUACUCCCCCAGCGAGCCGCUCACCUUCCUGUCGUCUGGUAACGUCAUGCUGGUGACGAUGGCCACGAACGAAGAACACAACUACCCCGGAUUUCGAGCUCAAGUUUCACAAGUUCGACGGGGAAGUAAAGGGACGACAUGUGGUGGCCAGCUGACGGGCGACAAGGGCACCUUCACUUCUCCAAACUUCCCAAAUUACUUUCCUCCCUUAGCAUCGUGUCAGUGGUCGAUCCAGGUUCCUGCUGGUAAGGCGGUGAAGGUGACGUUCAAAAAGUUCCUCCUGUCCGAGCCCGGGCAGAAAAACGCGAAGGACUGUCGCAAAGAUUACGUGGAAAUCAACGGAAAGAAAUUUUGUGGAGAAGAACCCGAAGGAACAGUGACAGCAACCAGCAACGACAACAAAAUGAACGUGAUGUUCUACUCGGACGCCUCCUACGUGGACCGAGGGUUCGAUGCUCAGUUUGAGGCCAUCGACGUCAAAGACCCUUGCCCAAAGCAGUUCCAGUGCAGGAAUCAGCGCUGCAUUAGAAAUGAGCUCAAGUGUGACGGCUGGAAUGACUGUGGAGACAUGUCAGACGAGCUGAACUGCAAGUGCAACACUAAUGAUAUCAGUUGUAAGAAUGGAUUGUGUAAGCCGCAGUUCUGGCUGUGUGACGGCGUGGACGACUGCGGAGACCGAACAGACGAGAUGAACUGUGGGUGUGGAUCCGGAGCGUUCACGUGUAAGAAUGACAAAUGUGUUUCUGAGAAGAAGAAGUGCGACGGCAGGGACGACUGCGGGGACGGAUCAGAUGAGCUCGACUGUGGAGGAAGCGGAGGCUCUAGUGUGAGCUGCACUGACCUCACGUUCAAAUGUAAGAACAACAAAUGCAUCAGUAAAGUGAACCCGGAGUGCGACGGCGUGCGGGACUGCGACGACGGAUCCGACGAGGAAAACUGCGACUGCGGGAGGAGCAUGUUCAAGUCGUCGCGCAUCGUCGGCGGUCAGGACGCGCUGGAAGGAGAGUUUCCCUGGCAGGUCAGCCUCCACGUCAAGAACUUCGCCCACGUGUGCGGAGCGACCAUCAUCAGUCCCAAAUGGCUCGUCACUGCUGCCCACUGUGUGCAGGACGACGGCAGAACGAGAUACUCGCAGCCGAGCACCUGGGAAGCUUAUCUGGGUCUUCACACCCAAAAGAAGCUCGGAAGUCACGUCGUAAAGAGGAACGUGAAACAGGUCAUCCCCCACCCGUACUACAACGACUUCACGUUCGACAACGACAUCGCCCUGAUGGAGCUGGACAGUCCCGUCACCUACUCCGACUACAUCAAGCCCAUCUGCCUGCCGUCUGCACAGCACAGCUUCCCCGCUGGGGACACUGUGUGGGUCACGGGAUGGGGCGCCACUCGAGAGGGAGGAUUUGCAGCGAGUGUCCUCCAGAAGGCUCAGGUCCGAAUCAUCAACCAGAAGACAUGUGACUCGUUAAUGGGAGGACAACUCACGUCUCGGAUGUUGUGCGCCGGAGUGCUGACUGGAGGAGUCGAUGCUUGUCAGGGAGACUCCGGCGGUCCUCUGUCCAGCCCGUCCGGCAGUCGUACGUUCCUGGCAGGAGUGGUCAGCUGGGGCGACGGCUGCGCUCGCAGAAACAAACCUGGCAUCUACACGACUGUCACCAAAUUCCGUGGCUGGAUCAAACAAAAGACGGGAGUUUAGGAGCCCGCUGAGAAAUGGUCCAACGAGGCCACAGACAUAAACCUAACCAGGAACUGACGACCAGCGGCCCUCCUCCCAGUCGUAGUGGAGAAACGCACUGUCUGCUUGAAGAGCACAUUUUAGAUCCACUGUGAUUUUUAUUCUUUUUUUAAAUUCAUGACGGGGUUGCUGAAAUGUUUUGUUUUGUAAAUAAAUGUUUUAUUUUUGUGUAUUUUUGUCGUGUUGUGAUGGAGAACAAUGUUAUUUGCUGCACAGGGAAUAGACUCCAGGCGUGAUUGUUACACAUGUACACAUAUGAAAUGUGCCUCCUUGUACUCUGGUGUUGUGUGUUUUAUUCGGAGCCGUCUCAAGAAUUUUUCACCCCUGUGCCUUGUUGUUUUAUAUUUUGUAAAUUAAAAAGCUAAAUGACAGCAAGCUCUUUCCAUCUUACCUCCUAUGGUUUGGUAUCUAAGCCCAGCAGAAAUCCCUGAAAAUGAGUGAUGUGAUUGUUCACUUGCAUUAUCCUCCUCAUCAUGGAUGCCAUUUCUUUUUAACAGAUGUGAACUACUGGUUUCACUUGCAUUUUAUCUGUCAUGUUUAACAUGUUCAUGUGCCCUCUUUUCUCUCCGGCACAAUCUUAGUACAGUUUAUCCAAUUUAAUCGGUCUUAAAUGUGUAAAUGCAUGUUUUAUAGCAGAUGUUUUUAAAUAAAAUAUUUCUAUUGUA